UUGUCUGCUCUAAUCCCAAUUUGAUUUUGGUUUGUUCAUGGUGGUGGUAUAAAAGUUGAGUAACCUGUUCUUGUGUACUGUUUCUGCCAUGACUUUUGUCUCCUCCUCCGUCCUCUUCCAUCGUGUCUGGCGGAAUUUUUACACGGUCCUCACAUGCUGUGUCUCAGAUUGUUACCACACUUUGUCUGUUCAAUAAAAGCUCACUUCGUCCCAGCCAUUUCAUGUUUCUAACAGGGAGAAAAGAAAAUUAAAGAAUGAUGUGGUGGAGAGAUCUUUGUGUGGUUAUAGUAUUGAUGAUGUGGGUUUUUGGAGGUGAACUGUACACCGUGGAGGGCAGGCCUCGCCGGAUUCUUUUGGAUGCGGAUGUGGAUACAGAUGAUUUCUUUGCUCUCUUGUACCUCUUGAAGCUUAACAGAUCAGAGUUUGAAUUGGAGGCAGUCACCAUAAGUGCUAAUGCAUGGACUAAUGCUGGACAUUCUGUGCAUCAAAUUUACGACAUCCUAUACAUGAUGGAUCGUGAUGACAUCACUGUUGGAGUAGGAGGAGAAGGUGGAAUUCUUGAAGAUGGUACCAUUUUACCAAAUGUUGGUGGAUACCUUCCUAUAAUUGAUCAGGGAGUGUCAACAGUUGGAGGUUGUAGAUACAGGCAAGCAAUUCCAAUAGGCCGUAAAGGAAGACUAGACAUAGAUACUAACUUUGGGAUUCAAAAAGGAUUCCUUCCACGGGGCAGCAGGAAAUAUUCUCCACUUCGACAGCCUACUGCUCAACAAGUGAUGAUUGACAAAAUCUCCGCAGGUCCUAUUACUGUAUUUCUCAUUGGAACUCAUACAAACUUUGCCAUUUUUCUCAUGAAUUCUCCACAUCUAAAGAAAAAUGUUGAACAUAUAUACAUCAUGGGUGGGGGAGUGGGAUCCAGAAACUGUAGUGGUUGCUGCCCAGUAAAUGAUAACAGAGCUUGCCAGGAUGGUGAGUGUGGUGACACUGGUAAUUUGUUCACUGACUACAACGGCAAUCCUUAUGCUGAGUUCAAUAUCUUUGGAGAUCCUUUUGCCGCAUAUCAGGUUUUUCAUUCUGGUAUUCCAAUCACGCUUGUUCCUCUUGAUGCAACAAACACCAUCCCUAUAAAUGAUGAGUUCUUCAAGGCAUUUGAGCAAAGGCAGGAUACCUUUGAGGCACAGUAUUGCUUCCAGUCCUUGAAAAUGGCGCGUGAUACUUGGUUUGAUUCACAUUUCCACUCACAGACCUACUUCAUGUGGGAUACAUUUACAAUUGGUGUAGCAGUCUCAAUCAUGCAGAAUUCCAACAACAAUGAUGGAGAAAAUGAAUUUGCUGAAAUGGAAUACAUGAACAUAACAGUAGUCACUUCAAAUGAACCAUACGGCAUAUCUGAUGGCUCAAAUCCAUUCUUUGAUGGCCGUAAAGUUCCAAAGUUCAACUUAAAGAAAGGUGGAGUGCACAGUGGUCAUGUCCAGACAGGACUCCAGGAUCCAUUUUGCUUUGUGAAGGAUGGGAGAGGAAAAUGCAAGGAUGGUUACACGGCAAAGCUAACAGGUUUGGAUACAGUUCGUGUUCUUGUUGCUACAAAGGCAAAACCCAGUCAGGAAAAUGGCAGUGAACUUGACAAGGCAUUCUACAAAAACUUCUUGAGUGUAAUAAAUCUCCCCCAGCAAACCGGAAGAUUUAAUUUUACAACAGAAUUUCCUUAUUACAGGGAAGUCUUCUACAAACCAGAUUUCAGAAACAAAGAGUUGGGAAAACCAGUUAUCUUUGACAUGGAUAUGAGUGCUGGAGAUUUCCUUGCUCUAUUUUAUCUCCUUAAAGUGCCUGUGGAAGUGCUUGAUCUCAAGGCAAUAAUAGUAAGUCCAACCGGCUGGGCAAAUGCUGCAACAAUAGAUGUUGUUUUUGAUUUACUGCAUAUGAUGGGUCGUGAUGACAUUCCAGUUGCUCUAGGAGAAGUAUUUGCAAUGAACCAGGCUGAUCCAUAUUCAUCUGUUGUUGGAGACUGUAAGUAUGCUAAAGCUAUUCCACAUGGGAGUGGGGGUUUCCUAGACUCAGAUACUCUUUUUGGGCUUGCUCGGGACCUGCCUCGAAGUCCUAGAAGGUACACAGCUGAAAACUCUCUGGAGUUUGGUGCUCACAGAAAUACUACUCAACCUGAACUGAGGCAUCCUCUAUCACUGGAAUCUGUAAUGAAAACCCUGGAUCCAGGAUUGAAGAUUACCAUAUUGACCAAUGGACCUUUGACUAAUUUAGCAAAGAUAAUCUUAUCAGAGACAAAUACAAUUUCACAGAUUCAGGAGGUGUUUAUAGUUGGAGGACACACUGGGCACAGAAGUAACAAAGGGAAUGUGUUUACUGUUCCUUCAAACAAAUAUGUAGAGUUCAACAUGUUUCUUGACCCUUUGGCUGCAAAGACAGUCUUCAACUCAGGACUAAACAUCACACUAAUUCCACUCAGCACACAGCGCAAACUAUGUUCAUUUCCUGAGAUCCUAGAGAGGCUGCAGCUGACUAGGGAGACUCCCGAAGCAAAAUUUGCAGAGCGCCUAUUGUCCAAGCUUUACUGUCUCCAACAGGCUAAUCAGAGAUAUCAACAUGUGGACAUAUUCUUAGGUGAAAUCCUCGGUGCAGUUCUAUUGGGUAGCGAUUAUUCCUCUUUGAAUCCUACCUUCCGAGAAAAGAACAUCAGGGUCAAUGCUGAAGGUGAUGAAUCCACAGAUGGACAGCUUGUGAUUGAUAAAUGGCAGGGAAAACCUGUGAGAGUAUUGAAAAAUAUUGAUCCUGUAGCAUACUAUGAUCUAUUUACAAAUCGACUGGGCGAUAAAGAGCAGUCUGCUGUACUAGGAAGUUAUGAUGAACAGAAAAAAAUCUGGAGUAAGCCGUCCAAUCAAACUGCUAAUCCCCAGAUAAGCCCAGUAAUGAUCUCUGACAACAGAAACUGAUUCUUUUUUUCCCUUGUAGAUAGCACAGAAGUUACGGUUCUAUUGUAGAUAUUCUUCAACAUAGAAUCAUGCUUCAAAUGGAAACAGUUUACUGUGUUUUGUAUACAGCUCAAACUAAAAAAGGAAAAAGAAUAGAUGCAAUACAGAACAAGAAUCUUA